AUGGAGACAUGGUCGCUGAAGGGCGGUGUUCAGGAGGGGGCUCUGGCAGCCAAGAAGGUCGCAGCGGGCGUGGAGGAGCUGCUCGCACAGAUUAUCAAAUUGGUCGCCGCCCUCACUCUGAAGAACAGCUUGGAGAUCAGAGAGCUCCAGGCGGCUGCAUUCAUCAUGAUAUUCUGCCAGACUGACAUCAAGUACAUCUCCGAGGCCUGGCGCACGAGCAAGCAGUACGCCGACACGUGCAAGGCUGCGGCAGAGGGCCGAGGACAAAAGCCCCUGGGUGAGCCACACGUGCACGUCUGGGCCAACCUCACCGCCCUGGCGGCCACCGACGACCAUCUGAGCCCGGAAGAGAGGACCGUGGUCACCAACCACCGCUCUGCAGCGUCGGAUCCCGACGCCUUGGUACAUGUGUGCAAGGUUCGUAGAGCCUUCCGGGACACCAACAAGAAGCUCUUCCUGGCCACGGCCCAGGAGGCCAAGGAGCUGACGCGCAUCAUGGUGAAAGCCAUCUCUGCAAGUGGCGGCGUGCAGAAGUACGGCCAGGCCCCCCGUGCGGGAGGCGAGCGCAAGUUACAGGUCCUUUUGGACGAGCUGCGCAAGAUUGUCCCAGACGCGCCCUGCAAAGGCAGCAUGGAGGAACUCUGA